GCAGAGGGAGAAGUUAUAAAAGUGACCUGUGAAGCAUAUAAGGGCUACCCGAGAGCGAAGCAGCUCUUCACAUCUGCAUAUCACACACACAGAACACUUCAAGGAAACGACAAGAAAUAAGAAGAAGCAGUCAUUUUCAGGUCCGUCCAAGAGAACAAUGACGACGACGUUCAGAACAGCUCUUCUCCUCUUGCUCCUCUGCUGUGCAACCCAGAUAUUAGGCAUUAGUAUCCAGACUACGCCAGAUGCCGAUGGGGGUGUUAUAGCAACAGAGCUGGACAAGACUGUGUCCCUGGUUUGUGCGCUUGGUGCCAGCUCUGAGACUGAAGAUGACAAUGAGCUGGUCUGGCUCAGAAAUAGCGCUUUGGUCAGUCUCGUGGAAGAAAACAAGAAGGGUCGCAGCAGCGUGUGUGUUUCGCCUGUGAUCUAUGACGACAACGAUGCCACUUUCACCUGUUACCAGCGCACAAAUGACACUGUCAGGAUGUCUGUCACCCUGAAUGUCACAUAUCCCCCACAGCUCUCCGGGGCUGAGGAUGUUGUAGUGGAGGAGGAGGCCGAGCUCGUCCUGCAGUGCAACAUCCAGGCCAAUCCACCGGUCUCAUCUGUGUCGUGGACACAUAACGGAACCGCGGUGGACCUGUUAGCGGGCGGCUUCAGCGUGACCAACGACGGCUUUACAAGCCAGCUCAGAUCCAGGUUCGGUGAGAGAGGCCUGCACGAAGGCACAUACAGCUGCACGGCCGUCUCUCCCAAAUAUGGAUCGCACAGCAAGGUUUUCCAUGUGUCAGUAACAGACAAGACCAUUAAGUUUCCGCUGAUGCCCAUGAUAGCAGGAAUUGUGGUGGUGUGCCUCACUGCGCUUCUUGCCAUUGUUGCGCGGUGGAAGAAAAUCGCAAAGUGUUGCAAGUAAGUGAGGAAGUGUGAAGGUUUCCUCGUCUCCACCGCAUUGAGGCAAGCCACGAAGACACCAUCACUCUCUUGUGUGUGCAAGAGACCAUUACCUAUUUAUGAAGCCUAGUUUUAAAAUUUAUAUCAGCUGCUAAUAAUAGAUGUCAUUAGUUUUAUUUAGCGCAAGCGCUGGAAUUGAAGGGAAACACGGAUUAAACAAAGAAUAGAUGCACUGGUAGGUUGUUUUGGUACAUCUGGACAAAUCCAGGUUCACUGUUGCACUAGAGUGGGGUCACUGUCCUCACCGGCUAAUCAACAUUUUCCUCUCAAAUGUCCUUUGAAAUCAUACACAACGUACCAAUUAUCACUGGGAGAUCUAUGGAGUCUGUGUUAUGACAUCAAGCUUUUCAUUUUGUGAUGGCGCCAGACCUUUAUGAUGCUGGGGUUUAACAUGCAAUUGCUGGUUUGAUUGUUAAUGUCUUUGUCAUAAAAAUAGACCAAAACUAGAAUCUCACGAACUUAGAAGAUACACAGCUCAGUUUGGGACAUCACAAAAAGUAGGCCACGUGUUGAGUUAUGGGUUAAAAUUAUUGAGUUAUGUAAAUUUAUGUAGUAACUAGAGCUUAAUGUACCAACACGUGCCAAAUGUCUCGCACGCAAUCGAAGUCUGCGUUUCCAGUCUCCAUAUUUGCGCUGAACUUCUACCUCUUGACUCAACAACACGGCAAAAGGCUCGUUAAAAUUGUGUUAUACAUUUACUUUUAAUGAGACAAAAGUACAGGGACUGUGAGGUUGCAAGGGUCAAGGUCUAGGUCUUUGUGUUAUUACCAAUAAAAAAAAAAGCACUUAACAGGUUCACAUAAAACAACGCAAUAUGCAACGUGUAGGUCUGUAGUGACAUCUGCUGGUCCCCUCACCUCCAAACCUUCCUAAUCCAUCAUGUCUGUCAGGUGAAUGUGAGGAAAGGUAGGGAAGAAAAUGACAAGCCUCACCAUGUACGAUUAAAAAUAGCAUUUAGUGAUCUGUAAUUCUUGUUCUGUCUUGGACUAACGGCACAUGUUGUAUUUAUUAAAGUUAACUUUCUGAAGAAUAGAAUUAUAUGAUCAUCUGAGCUCAUUGUGUGUUCAUCUUAGAUUUGUAUUAUUUUUUUUCAUCAUUUUUAUUGGUGUAUCUAAAUGAGAUGAGGACAUUUUACUGUCCUCCAAGUAUAUCAUAAUUAUUUAUAAUUCAAUAAACCCCCCCCUACUGUCUGUUAGUUAUAACAACAUCUGUCUGACACAAAGUCAACAAAAACUGAAAAUUAAACAGAUAAGCUUUAUUGCUGAACAUGUCGCACUGGAUUGCAUUUGAGCGUAGCUGAAAUCACUGUAGUUUGUGGCGUAUAUGAAAAAGUGACAAUCUGGGUUGAUUAUAGAUACAUGUACAGAUAUGUUGGUAAAUUAUUAUUUUUUUCACAUGGAAAUGGUGUUCAAAACUGUCAAGGAUUUGUAUCUGUUUUAAUAGAACUGCAUUAAAUCUGUAAAGAGGGCUCUGUUAAAUACAAUUACAUGAUCGUCAGUCACUUUUAAAGAAAAGGCAUUACUGUAAUAAAUUGUAAUUGAAAAGUAGACUAUGAAGUUUGUUAUGAAAAUAUCUUUUCUCUUGACCUAAUAAAAAAAGUAAUAACAAUAAUAA